UAGGCCCGAAACGUCAGCUUUUGUGCUCCUGAGAUGCUGCUUGGCCUGCUGUGUUCAUCCAGCCUCACAUUUUAUUAUCCUGGAACUCAUCACAUGCUGUAGUGCAGCAUUUAAAAAGACUGAUAAAAUGGAGCCAGCAUACCUCAUAUUCCGUGUGACCGCAGGAGCUGGGAUUUACCUGUCAGCGAACCGCUUACAGAGUAUUCCUACCUUUCUUAGCUCCAGAAAAAUUUGUUAAGUUCUUUUUGAAUCAUGUAACGAGCCUGUCCCGAUGCUUCACUGCCUGCUGUUCGCUAGGUGGCACGUUCUUGGAGCACUUGUCCCAAAGUUAACGUUUGAUCGGAUCAUUGAUUGGGACUCCCUCAGCAAACAGAGCUCAGCUCUCAGGGCUGCUAGCGUUAAUUGAAGACCGUAAGCUACCCUCUCGGCAUGACCGACAAACUGACCUACAUCAGUUCGAGGGAGGUUGAAGAGCUCCUUCAAGACUCGGAGCUGCUCCCGGGGCUGGAGAGAGCUCUGGUCAAUUUCUCGAGUGAAGGCGGCGGAGUGGAACAGCCAGUCCGGAGCACGGUGCCUGUGGCCAAGUACAACGGUUUUUUAGGAGUGAUGCCAGCAUACAGUGCAAAGGAUGAUGCCUUGGUAACAAAACUUGUCAGAUUUUAUCAAACUAACAGCUCUGACACCACUUCUCAUCAUGCAACAGUGCUGCUGUUUGACCCAAGCAAUGGCAUCUUAAAGGCAGUGAUGGAUGGAGCAGUGAUCACCGAAAAGCGAACUGCUGCAGUUUCUGCGAUAGCAACCAAGUAUCUCAAGCCUAAGAACCUGGAUGUAUUAUGUAUCCUGGGAGCUGGAUCGGUGGCUGUCAGUCACUAUGAAAUCUUCACCAAAAUGUUUCCUUUCAAGCAGGUAAGGGUGUGGAGCCGAACUCGAGAACGGGUUGAAAAGUUUGCGAAAACAGUUGGGGGACCAGUGACAAUUUGUGCCUCAGCAAAAGAAGCUGCUCUCGAUGCUGAUGUGGUGAUAACAGUCACCAUGGCAACAGAGCCCAUUCUGUUUGGAGAAUGGGUAAAACCUGGAGCCCACGUUAAUGCUGUUGGAGCUUGUCGACCAGACUGGCGAGAGCUGGAUGAUGGACUAAUGAAGAAUGCUGUCUUGUAUGUGGAUAGCAGAGAAGGAGCCAUGAGGGAGUCAGGAGAUGUCAUCCUUUCGGGCGCUGAAAUCUUUGCAGAACUGGGAGAAGUGGUGAAAGGAACCAAACCUGCUGUGUGUGACAGGACCACAGUUUUCAAAUCAUUGGGUAUGGCCAUUGAAGACACAGUCACCGCCAAACUGGUUUAUGAUUGUUGGGAAGUUAAAAACAAACAGAAAUCCUAACAUUUUACGAAGUACAAUUUUCAUUUUACAAAAUAUUGUUCCACUAAAUCGGAUGAUGUUGAAUCAGAAUAAUGAGACUAUUCAAACAAAUUAAAGACGUAUUUACUUUAGCCUGUGAAAACACAAAUCUAGUGUUAACAAGUUAAAAAAAACUCUCAACUUGUACAAAUACAGUCAGUUGUCAAAUUUCAGUCCAGCUGUUACCAGUGUUUGUUACAUGCUUGAUUUCAUAAUGUUAUGAAAUGAUACAAAAUGCCCAUUGUGUUUGUGCCACAACACUGAAAGAGCCUCUUUCUUUCCCCAAAGCCAUGCACACAUCUGCUUUAAAAAGUAAUCUCUAAUUACAAUUGUGUUUUACAGAAAAACCUUGUAUUAAAUUGUUGAAAAGCAAAGGAGUGAUGGUUGCAAAAAUAUUAGUCAAAUUGAUACACUAUGUCCUUACAAAGUAUGGAGGCUGAAUUAUUAAUGACAUUACCAGUUUACAGUACAUAACUAGAAAUAAAAAGCCUUGUCACUUUUUUUAAUAGUAUAGUCCAUUUUUGUGGGAAAUGACAAUUUAUUUUCACAUGAUCUUUGCACACAAUUGAAUCAUGAUCCAUAAACAGAAUCUGACAGCACUUGGAUGAGGCUGUGAAGAGGUGGGAUGGCAGUUUACUUCAGUGGGGAACAUGGGUUUGUAGAUGGGAGCUUGGUUAUGGAUAAAAUUGGCAAGAUACAUAUUCAGCUUUUCACACGUCCCUCUCAAAUUAGUUGUGGGAUCAAUUUGGGAACAUUUUCCAAAAUUGGAAGCUAGAUUGUCCUCUGAGUGACAGUUUUGCAAAUGUAACAUCUGUGGAAGUUGUCUCAAGCUUGAAGAGAUGUUUCCAACUCUUGAGAUUCCACUUAACUGUGGAUUAGCUAGGUUUCUGUUUUUGCUGCUUUAUUUAUUACUGGCCAUAAUGAGACUGUUUGGUUCAUCCACUUUGACUGCAUCCAUUUAGAUAAUUCAAUCUUCCUUUGUUUAGGCACAAAUGCUACACAAUGCAGAAAACCAUUUAUUAUAACGGAGGACUGGAGCGAGGAGUGCAGACAGUCCAAGGAUAUGUCCUUUACCACUGGCGGGACAGACCCACCUGAGGUGAUGGAAUGGCAUUUUUUGGUCAAUAGAGUUGCCCUGGAGUUCCCUAGGACAUAGACUCCGGACCCUCUGAAGUCUCAUGGUAUUAAGUCAAACAAAGCAGAAAUAAUCUUUUUCCGUGGUCCGAGCGGCAGACUGAUACUUUUCAGAUCGCCAUCAGUGCACAGCAUGAGGGAGUCCAGGUCAAUCUGCUCUCUUGCCAGGAAAGGGAUGAACUCUGUCAUAUUCUGACAGGCCAAGAAGGUUUCAAGUGGUGUCGUCUCAGGCUCAUCAUCAUCCAGACCGAUAUCAUCUUCGUUCCAGGGCAAAUCAUCUUCCUCUUCUUCACUGAAAGCUUCAAGAUCUGGAGACAUUUCCUUGGGCUUCAACACUAUGCUGCGCAAUUUGGAACCAAUGUCUUCUACUUCAUUACUGCUGAACAUUUCCUCUUCCACGUUUAAACCCAGAACAAAAUUCCGCCUGAAGAGCAUAUUUCCCAAUCCUGGUCGAUUGAAGAGAGACUCAUGACCGAAGUUGUUAUCAUAGUCAGAGGAUUUCAAAUCAGAAGAAGCUGCAUUCUCUUCAUCUCCUUCAUUAAACACAUCCAGUACAUUGGCCCGAAUCCCAAUGUCUCGUUCUUGCUUUACAAAAAUGACAUCCUUUUCUAGUUGCUGCUGAGUGAAGCUUUUGCUGUUAUCCUUCUUCUUAAGUCUCUUCUGCAGAGAUCCUUUGAUAAUGGAAGAAAUGGUACCUUUGUGUUGUGGUUCACUUACUGUAGAGAGGUUGCUGACACUGGAUAUAGUUCCUUGCUGUACUGAAGAAGCAGCACCUUCACUUUGGGCUUCCAUCUCCCGGCUAUACUUCUUGUUCAUCCGAUUUUGGUGCUUUUUCUUGCGUUUUUCACACAGUUUGAUUUGUUUCUCACUGUCCUUUACUGCCUUUUCUUUUAGCCUGGCCACCUGUUUCGGAUUCAUGGUGAUGUGCUUGGUGGCAGCUGUGUCCAGGAAGCGGACACAUUCCAUUCGAUCCUUACUGGCAGCAGCAUCCAUGGCAGAAUGGAAAUCAUUGUCCAAAGCCCAAAUAUUUGCACCAAAGUUAACCAAGAAAGUGACAAUGUGAAGGUGGCCAUUGGUUGAAGCGUGGUGCAGAGGUGUAUUGCCCCAGAUAUCACAGAUAUCAGGAUCGCCACUGAAGUACAAGCACAAAGAGUUGAUUUGAUACAGGGUUUUACAUAAUGUCGUGAGUCUUUUGCUUCAAAUUCUCAAACUACACAUUUUUCCUAGCACUGGUAGUACAUGUUGAUCUGGGUUAUUAACCUCCUGAUUCUUUACCCAAGUUGUCAUUCUUGAUACUUUGCCUCAGACAGUGAGUGCUGAGUUGACCUUAAAAGACAUCAUGGGCAAGUCUGAUCUAACCUACAAUUUGAAUGGGAUGCUUAUGCCUGCAGUAGCCGAGAGUAGCUUAGUGAAGACCAGCUCAUUUAAUGGAGACUAGAACCUAAGUCUAGGGUAUGUGUCCAACUGAGCAGGACAAGUAAUAACUAGGCUAACAGACACACUCAGCACUUCCAAUAACUAGUGCAGCAGACUAUGCCCACUGCUUACAACUUUGGCACUCUGCCCUCUGAGUCAGAAGGAUAUGGGUUCCAAUUCCACUCCAAAAACACGAGCACUUAAUCCAAAUGGGCCCUUCAUUAUAGUACUGAAGGAGUUCUAGACUGUUAGGAGGUGCUAAUCCUGCGGAUGAGAUAGUAAAUGUGGCCCUAUCUGUGUUCUUAAGUGGACAUAAAUGAUCCCAAUAAAUUAUUCAAAGAAGAGUAGGCAAGCUCAUCCCCAUGUUGUGGACAAUAUUUAUCCCUUGAUCAAUCACUGAAUCAGAUUGUCUGGUCAUCAUUACAUUGCUCUUUGUGGAGUUUGCUGUGUAUAAGUUGGCAGGUUGUGAUACAAACAUCACAAAAGUGAUUACACUUCAUAAAGUACUCAAUUAAAUGUACAGCACUUUGGGGUACAUGUGGUUCUGGUGGACAAUGGUAUAAAAAUGCAUACUUUGUGCUUUUUCCCCUCUCUCCCAUGUGAUUGGAGUGCUUGGCACAUUGAACCCUUGACAAAGUUUGACAGUGACCGGCAAAUAAUCUAUAUCUGUCGUGACUUUGAGCAAUGCUGCAGGUAGACAUGCCUGAUCCGUGACUUUACAAUCAUGAUUUGUGACAUCAAUUCACGUUGAUGAGAGGCACACCCCUGACACAUUACAUCACAAUGUAUUUCUGUGGAUUCCUCUGCUGUUUAAUUACAAAAAUAUUUAUUUUAUAUUAAUUUGGAUUCUUUCUGUAAUGGGAUCUUUCCCCCAUAUAACAAAUAGUUCAAGGAAAGUUUGUCAACUGAGAACCUGCAACAUUGUCUGAAUGUCUAUUACCUCAAAGCACUUUUACAAAAUAAAUUCUCAAUUAAAGGAAAUAUAAAUUUAAAAAUAAUGAUUAAACUGCUUCAAAUAAACAUUGAAUGACUUGCAAUUAUAUACAGCCUUUCACAAAGUCAAAAUGUUCCAAAAACUUUCCAAAUAAAGAACGACUUUUUUGUGCAGAGACUUUUACAGUAGGAGAUUUGAUAGCCAAUUUGUGUUAAACGAGCUUCCACCGACAGUAAUAAUAUAAUGUUUGGACUAUAGUCUUCGUGACGUUUAAAGACGAAUGUUGGACUGAGCUGCAGGGAUACUCCUCCUGUCCUUCAAAAUAGAACCGUGGGACCUUUUACAUUGCCCUGCUUAGGCCUUAGUUUAAGGACUCAUAAUGAAAGAAAGCAUCUCGAACAGUGCAGCACUCUCAGAUCAGUUCAGCCUGGAUGAUUUAAAGCGAUUGCAGUGUAUCUUAAUCUACAAUCCUCUUCCCCUCUGAAACAGAUGAUCAUUUUAUUUGGAAAAAGAACCAUGAAGGGUAACAUAAAAGAGUCAGGUUGUGACACUCACCCUCUGCUGCAGAUGAGCUGCAGAGCCUCCAAAUGGCCGUGAUAUGCCGCCCAAAGCGUCGGGGUCAUUCCGUCCUCAUCGGGACUGUUCAGAUCCCUCUUUGUGGCCUCCUUCAGGGGACCGAGGUAGCCAUCCCUGGCCGCUUUGUGGUACCUCUCAGUCAUGGCUCAAAUCCUGAGGCUGGCCUUCACACACUCACAGCGUUCGCAGCUGGAGGGAGCAGCCAGUGAGCGAGGACCGGGAGAUGGAGUGGCACCGCCCAGGGUGGGAACAAGGUCCACUCUCCAGAGAGUGCAGAUUUAAGGCAGGCCAGCUGACGAGAUUAUCAGGUGUUGUUUCCCCCGUUACUUCCUCCUGUUUCUUGAGCACAUUUAUGUGAUUUAAACAUUGUUUAAUGUAAAUUGCAGUCUGCAAAAGGGCACCAUUUAUCUGCCUAAACUGAAAACCAAACGAAUGUCUGUGUUUGCAUGUUAGUUAUCCCUUCCAUUGUUUAUCCGUUAAAUACUUCAACUGUUUUUGCAUUUUCGCAAUAAAUACUUCAACUGUU